AUGUCUGGAGCCGCCCCUGGUACCGGCCCCCAACCAGCCCCUGGUACCGGCCCCCACCCAACCAGCCCCUGGAACCGGGCCCCCACCCAACCAGCCCCUGGUACCGGCCCCCCAACCAGCCCCUGGUACCGGCCCCCACCCAACCAGCCCCCUGGUACCGGCCCCCAACCAGCCCCUGGUACCGGCCCCCACCCAACCAGCCCCUGGUACCGGGCCCCAAUCAGCCCCUGGUACCGGCCCCCACCCAACCAGCCCCUGGAACCGGGCCCCCACCCAACCAGCCCCUGGUACCGGCCCCCAACCAGCCCCUGGUACCGGCCCCCACCCAACCAGCCCCUGGUACCGGCCCCCACCCAACCAGCCCCUGGUACCAGCCCCCACCCACCCAGCCCCUGGUACCGGCCCCCCACCCAACCAGCCCCUGGUACCGGGCCCCCAACCAGCCCCUGGUACCGGCCCCCCACCAGCCCCUGGUACCGGCCCCCCACCAGCCCCUGGUACCGGCCCCCACCCAACCAGCCCCUGGUACCGGCCCCCCACCAGCCCCUGGUACCGGGCCCCCCAACCAGCCCCUGGUACCGGCCCCCAACCAGCCCCUGGUACCGGCCCCCCCACCAGCCCCUGGUACCGGCCCCCAACCAGCCCCUGGUACCGGGCCCCCAACCAGCCCCUGGUACCGGGCCCCCAACCAGCCCCUGGUACCAGGCCCCCAACCAGCCCCUGGUACCGGCCCCCCCACCCAACCAGCCCCUGGUACCAGGCCCCCCAACCAGCCCCUGGUACCAGGCCCCCAACCAGCCCCUGGUACCAGCCCCCCAACCAGCCCCCUGGUACUGGGCCCCACCCAACCAGCCCCUGGUACUGGGCCCCCAACCAGCCCCUGGUACUGGGCCCCCAACCAGCCCCUGGUACCGGCCCCCUAACCAGCCCCUGGUACCGGCCCCCAACCAGCCCCUGGUACCGGCCCCCCACCAGGCCCUGGUACCGGCCCCCACCCAACCAGCCCCUGGUACCGGCCCCCCACCCAACCAGCCCCCUGGUACCGGCCCCCACCCAACCAGCCCCUGGUACCGGCCCCCAACCAGCCCCUGGUACCGGCCCCCACCCAACCAGCCCCUGGUACCGGCCCCCACCCAACCAGCCCCUGGUACCGGCCCCCACCCAACCAGCCCCUGGUACCGGGCCCCACCCAACCAGCAGACCUGGACAGAACCCCCCAUGCACAUCACCACAUGA